GGUUAUGAUUGGCAGUUACUCAGACGAAUAAAGCUCCCCCGGGUCGGGAGACCGGACGUAUCGAGUUGUUACCAAUCCCGUCGCAUUGCAUACUGACUGAGACUGUAUCAGCCAAUAAGCAUUGUGCAAGGGCGGGACUGCGCAAACCUCACCCCUACCCUUUGGACCAAUCCUUUCUUUUGAAUUGUGUGAUUGGCGGGCACUCAGGCCAAUAGUGCCUAGAAAACUUUGAAGCCCUCCCAAAGAUCGUGGGCCGGAGGCGGUUUCUUGUUGGGGCGUGUGUAUGUGUGUUUUUGAGGGGAUUAAGGGUACGUGAAGGCGAAACAGAACAGUCCAUGGCGGCAGCGGAGGAGGAGGACGGGGGCCCCGAAGGGCCAAACCGCGAGCGGGGCGGGGCGGGCGCGACCUUCGAAUGUAAUAUAUGUCUGGAGACUGCUCGCGAAGCUGUGGUCAGUGUGUGUGGCCACCUGUAUUGUUGGCCCUGUCUUCAUCAGUGGCUGGAGACACGGCCAGAGCGGCAAGAAUGCCCAGUGUGUAAAGCUGGGAUCAGCAGAGAAAAGGUUGUCCCUCUUUAUGGUCGAGGGAGCCAGAAGCCCCAGGACCCCAGAUUGAAAACUCCACCCCGCCCCCAGGGCCAGCGACCAGCUCCAGAGAGCAGAGGGGGAUUCCAGUCAUUUGGUGAUACCGGGGGCUUUCACUUCUCAUUUGGUGUUGGUGCUUUUCCCUUUGGCUUUUUCACCACCGUCUUCAACACCCAUGACCCAUUGCGUCGGGGUACAGGUGUGGAUCUGGGACAGGGUCACUCGGCCUCCAGCUGGCAGGACUCCCUGUUCCUGUUUCUCGCCAUCUUCUUCUUUUUCUGGCUGCUCAGUAUUUGAGCUUUGUCUCCUUCCUACCCACCUCCGGCCAGAGGAGAAUCAGUAUUGGGGGUCCUUGCUGACCCUUCCUGACUCCUGGCCCCUCCUCCCCAGCCACUCCAUUUGUACUGGCUGAGGCCAACCCUGGCCACUUUCUAGGAGGGUGCGGGGAGGAGGAGUGACAGAAUAUGGAAGAACCUUCUGCUUUGAACUCACUGAGUAGCAUCAUAACUCCCAGCUCUGGGAUGGGAGGACAGACAGAAGAGAAUGUCUGUUUCUUCUCUCUACUGAUCCUUUCUUGAUUUGGUGUUGAAAGAUGGGCAAGUCUCCCUCUGAUUCUCCCCUACUUUCCCCUUGUUGAUUUAACUUAAUUUUUCUCUCCCCAGUGUCUAUUAUGGGUUCUGACUUAAGUGCUUCCUUCCCCUCACUACCUCCUUUAUUAUAAAUUGAAUAAACAAGGUGAGAUGUA